CGGGAUUGUAAGGGGAACAACUCAAGAUUUAUUUCUGUCUGGAGACGUGGGAGGUGGAAACCAAUGGUAUAGUUGCUGACAUAGCAUCAUGAGGAGGAACACUGUGACCUUACUCAAGUUUUUAGUAGCAGCUGUGCUGUGUAUUAUGGCCAUCAAGUACUUUACAGGUGGUCAUGGAGGUGCAGAAGAGGUGUACGUUGAUAGCAAGUUUCCUCAUGAAGGAGGAGGAGGAGGAAACAAACGUGCACUGAUUGUUGGAGAUGGAGACAUGAAAAAAAUAGAUUGGCAUAAUUAUAAACAGAUAGCUGAAGAAAAACAAAGAACCGGUCCUGGUGAGCAGGGACAGUCUGUCAUAUUAGAUGCUGGGGAAGAGAAGAAGAAAGCAGACUUAUAUAAAGUGAAUGGUUUUAAUGCCUUUGCAAGUGAUAAGAUCUCCAUGCAUAGAUCCAUGAAGGACAUCAGACAUCCUGAUUGUAAAAAUAAGAAGUACUGGAAUAAACUACCAACAGCUAGUGUAAUAGUCCCUUUCCAUAAUGAACACUGGUCCACAUUACUUAGGACUGCAUGGAGUGCUGUUGAGAGAUCACCACCAGGUCUUCUAAAAGAGGUCAUAUUGGUUGAUGAUUUUAGCAGUAAAGAGUUUCUUAAAAAGCAGUUAGAUGAAUAUGUUGCUGAACAAUUCAAAGACUUUUCCACCAUUGUAAAAGUUGUUAGAGCACAGAAACGAGAAGGAUUAAUAAGAACGAGGUUACUGGGUGCUAAAGCUGCUACAGGAGAUGUUCUCAUCUUCCUAGACUCUCAUUGUGAAACAAAUGUCAACUGGUUACCUCCUCUUCUUGAUCCAAUACAAGAGGAUUACAAGACUGUUGUGUGUCCAUUUAUUGAUGUGGUAGACUAUGAAACAUUUGCCUACAGAGCCCAGGACGAAGGUGCAAGGGGUGCUUUUGAUUGGGAAUUCUUCUACAAAAGAUUGCCAUUGAGGCCAGAAGAUCUAAGACAGCCAGCUGAACCUUUCAAUUCACCAGUAAUGGCAGGUGGCUUAUUUGCUAUUAGUGCCAAGUGGUUCUGGGAGAUGGGUGGCUAUGAUCCAGGACUAGAUAUCUGGGGUGGAGAACAGUAUGAACUUUCAUUUAAGAUAUGGCAAUGUGGAGGUAAAAUGAUAGAUGCACCUUGUUCUAGAAUAGGUCAUAUCUACAGAAAAUUUGCACCUUUUGCCAAUCCAGGAGUAGGUGAUUUUGUUGGAAGAAACUAUAAGAGAGUAGCUGAGGUAUGGAUGGAUGAAUAUGCCUCAUAUUUAUACAAUCAUAGACCACAUUAUAAAUCAAUAGACCCAGGAGAUUUAACAGCACAGAAAGCAAUCAGACAGAAACUGAAAUGUAAACCAUUUAAAUGGUUCAUGAAGGAAGUAGCAUUUGAUUUAGAGGAUUAUUAUCCUGCAGUAGAACCACCUCCAUUUGCUAAUGGUGAGAUCAGGAACGUUGCAGCUAAUAUGUGUAUAGAUACAAGAUUUAAAGGCCAGAAUGAAAGAUUUUCUAUAGAACCUUGUAUUAAAGAUGGUGGUAAUGCUGGAGGGGAACAGAACAUAGAAUUUACUUGGCAUAAAGAUAUGCGUCCAGGAAGGAGAUCUGUAUGUUUUGAUGUAUCACAAUCUAUUAGGAAAGCACCAGUUCUUUUAUAUAAUUGUCAUGGUAUGAAAGGAAAUCAACGAUUCAAAUAUAAUAUAGACACAAAACAAAUAUUUCAUACAAUUAGUAAUCAGUGUUUAGACUGUGAUCCAAAUAAUAAAGAAAUAUUUAUGAAUCCCUGUGAUCAGUCCUCAGAUACACAAAAAUGGAAAGUAGAACAUGUAGAAGAAGAUAAAGUUAAACAUGAAUGGGGUGCACCUUAAUGUAGGAGGGAUUCACAGGUGAUUGUAAAAGAUGAAUAGUGUGCACAGAAAAUAUGUAAAUAUUUUGUGGGAAAAGGCAAGUCUGUAGUAAUGUACAAUUUGUAUUGUAUAAAUGAGGUAUGCAAUUUUAAUGGUAUAUUGUUUUUUUUAUAUGAUUUAUUUAUUAUUCAAACAUUUUUAAAAUGAUUAUAUACAUUCCAUCAAUUUUAUCCUUUGAAAGUAAAGUGGUAUCCACAAAUAUGUGUGCGGGUGUGUGUAUAUGUGAAAUUAGGAAGAUGUUGAUAA